AUGUCCAACCUCUUUUUUGGAAUAAACGCCCGCUUCAGAGGCCAAAGAAGCCCAAACUCACCCGGUCCUGAACAGCAGCAGCACGCUCAGUCUCCUGUUCUUCCUCCGGAAAUCCAAACACCCACUUCCACCACCUCAGUCAAGCUCCCACCACUUCCUACUUCGCCAUCUCUGGCCGAGACCAUCGGCAUGGACCAAUCAAGUGGCAUGAUCCCCACCGCAGAGGAGGUUUUGACCUCAUAUCACCUCCCCCCAACCAAGCCGCUCUGGCUAAAUUGCAACUAUGCAAAGCACAUUGUCAAGGGUAACUUCUUGACCCUCAGCGCGAAGCCCAAGACUGUGGAGAUGGGAGAGUGGGUUGCUCAUCAAGUUGUUGACCACUGGCGAAUGCUCGUAACAUUCAUCCGCCUGGUGCACGACAAGGAAGAGGAUGGAACAUCUAUCUGCAACUCCAGAAGGUGUCCCAAGAUGUCAGCCGGAGCCAACCACUCCUUCACCUGGUUAAACUCCCGGCUCCAACCCGUCGAGAUCCCAGCAUACGAGUACCUCACCCUCGUACAACGAUACAUCUCUGGCAAAAUCGACGACAACAACAUCUUCCCCUGCGACCCAUCCGGCGUUUCCUACGCCGACAACCCGGCCUUUUGCACCCCCGUCCCAGAAUCCGGCCAGGAGUGGAUCGGAAAGAGAAGCGGCUUCCCCCAGAACUUCAUGGAGACAUGCCAGACCAUCUUUCGGCAAAUGUUUCGGGUUUAUGCCCAUCUGUACUGGUCCCACUUUGACGACCUGUUUGCCCUGAACCUGGAGAAGUCGAUGAACAGCUGCUUUAGCCACUUCAUCCUGACGGCCACGACGCUCAACCUCCUUAAGAAGGCGGAUCUGGAGCCGAUGCAGCCGUUGAUUGAUUUGUGGGCUGCACUGGGGACUUUUCCUCAGGGGAGCAAGGCUUUUGAGGUGGCGAACUUGGCUGUGGGACAGCUGUUGGUGCAGAAGGCGGGUGGACCCCCGCAGAACUAG